AUGGCUGCGACUGCGUGCAGCUCCCCGACUAGCCGGCCGCCCCAAGAGGAGCCUCCGGAGGCAGCGGCUGGGGUGGCGGCGGCGGCGGCGGCGGCCGGGGCUCGCAAGCGGGGCGGCGACGCGCGGCGGAGGCAGGCCGCCCUCUUCUUCCUCAACAACAUCUCCCUGGACGGGCGGCCGCCGUGCCCGGCGUCCGGCAAGCCGUCGCAGGGGCAGUCCGCCCUACCGGCCUCGCCGGCCCCGGGGGAGCCGCCGCAGCAGCCCCCGCCCCCGCCGCCCCCGCGGCCGGAGGAAGAGGCAGAGGGGGCGGCGUCGGCGGAGCCCGCGCCCCGCCUGCUGCUGCCGCCGCCGCCGCCGCCCCCGCCGGGGUUCCUGCUGCCCCCCACGACUGAGCUGGACCCUUCCCGCGGGCUGGGCGCGGCCGCUGCCCUCCUGCCCCAGCUGCUGCUGGGCAGCCCGCUCUGCCCGGUGCCCGCCGCCGCGAUUAGCCCGGCCGCCCUGGCAGGGGUGUUGGUGGCGGCGGCCCCCAAGACGGGCAUCGCGCCCCCCGGACUGCUGAGCCCCAACCAGGGCGCCCCUGUUGGAGGAGGAGGAGGAGGAGGGCUACCUGUGGAGGUGCCGAGGCAAAGAACGAAGCACAUAUCCGGGUCUCCGCGACACAGAGGCUUGAAGAAAGUACAUUUCAUCAAGAAUAUGAGGCAAUACGACACGCAGAACAGCAGGAUAGUGUUAAUUUGCGCAAAACGAACCCUUUGUGUGGCUUUUUCUAUCCUACCUUAUGGAGAGAGCUUAAGGAUCAG